GGGCGGCGGAUCUCACCCUCUUCCGUUAAUCAGUGUAUGCUGCGCGGAGGAGACCUCCAUAACCUCCCCUUACGCCGCAGAAGCCCAGGAAGGCUGUCGACGGGACACGUCCUCGGGGAUGCGCACAUGCCGUGGCACUGGAAGGACACCCCUCUUUAAUAAUCCCUUCUCAGUCUGCAACUGAAAGGCAAGCAUCAACGUUCUUUUGCCAGAGACUCUCAGUACAGCAAAGUUGUUCUCCUCAGAGAAUUGCACCUCCUGCAGUCCGUCCUGCGCAUCUGAAGGCGACCACCUCGUCGGACCGGGAGGCCGCUCUGCAGAUGCCCACUGCCCACAGCGCGACGCGCGUCUGUUUGUUGGACGCCGCAUGCGUUGUGCACACCUGAACCCUCUGCUUUCUGCGCCCCCUGCACGUCCGACAGAAGAGCACCUUCUUCUUUUCGUGCCCUGUUCCCGCAGCACUCAUGGGUACGAUACGUCAUGCCGAGAUGAGCGAGGACACGCAGAGGCCAAAACACCGAACUGCCGAGUUGGGCUUCUGUGGUUCGCUGACAUCUCGUUGACCACUCUCGUGAUGGAGUCCUUCGUGCCUUUCCCGUAAUGUACUAAAAUCCAACUUUGGCUCAGGACAGCGCAGCGCUUUCGACUCUUCGACCACGGCUCUUGGCUUGUCUACGCUCCCCCCCUCCCCCCCAAGGACGGUCCGUGGACGUCGGUUAAUGCACCUGACAGAUUCGUCGAGGGGUGGUGCACCUCGUUUUGCGCAGUGGUGUCUCUCGAUCCUCACGAAUGGUUUCCGUGGCGCGUACUCGAGCGUCAGGCAGACUUGCGGAAGACGAAGACGCGGUGCGCUCUUUUCUGGUGGCGGCUGCACCAUGCAUGGGCCGCCUUUGUGCACGGAAACACGGCAGCCGUCCCAUCGCCGCCGACAACAUGCACCGUUCUCUUGGUUUUUUAUUUUCUCUGGUCACCAACACCGUUUGGGCGACUUUCGCUCUUCCGAUGAUGUUGUCUGUCCGCUGCUGCUGCCGCGUCGAGGUUGCAGCGGGCGGGAGGUCCAACGGACGUUCCGCUUUCACGGCGGUGCUUUUCGUCUGUGUGAAUUUAGCCGUGCCGUUCUCUUCAUAAAGGCGGGCGGCCUUCUUUUUCUUUUCCUUUUCGGUAGCGCAACUCGAGAGCUGCAGCGCAGCGAGUGCAUCAUCGCUUGGUAG